CCAGACCUAAACGCUGCAAAGAAACCGUGAAGCGGCGAAUCUGUAAAGGAAGCCAUGACUACGAAGGAGGGACAGAGCAGGAAACGGAAGAGGGCAAGACGACACCGGGAACCGCCGCAGUCGACACACACGACGGAGCAUAAACGAGAAACCCAUCAACGAGAACAUGCUCGCCAAUCCUCUGCUUCUGCAAUGCCACCCAAAUCCUCUUCUUCUUCUUCUUCUUCUUCCUCUUUUCUCGACAAGAUUAAAGCCAAGUUAGCUGGAGGACACUUCAGGAUGAUCAAUGAAAAGCUCUACACUUGCACGGGUGAAGAAGCACUCAAAUAUUUCAAGGAAGACCCUGCAUUAUUUGAUAUGUAUCAUACAGGAUAUCAAGAGCAAAUGUCACAUUGGCCGGAGCAACCAGUCAAUAUUAUCAUAAAAUGGCUACAGGAUCAUAACCCUCGUUUAACUGUGGCGGAUUUUGGCUGUGGAGAUGCACGCCUUGCAAAAAAUGUGAAGAAUAAAGUUUUCUCUAUUGAUCUUGUUGCACAUGAUCCUUCAGUAAUUGCCUGCGAUAUGUCAAAUACACCCCUUGACGCUGCCUCAGUAGAUGUUGCAGUCUUCUCUCUUUCAUUGAUGGGGACUAACUUCUCUAGUUACCUUAAGGAGGCACACAGAGUUCUCAAACCAAGGUGGCCAGAGCUUCAUUUUGUAUCAAGCCUUUAUGUCACCAUUCUUUUCUUGGGUUUGGAUGAGGCGGAGGUCAGGGCUUCGAGCUCUGCCACCGCCGUGAACUCCACCAACUUGCGACCUAAUGAUCGCGCGCCUCAAAUGAGGAG